AUGCAAGAUCUUGAAUUCACUUUCGACUUUAAUGACCAAGACGCUUGUAUUGAUGUAGCCAAAGAAAUAUGCUCAGAAAAUUUGGGAGUCAAAGCAAUAUUUCAAAAAUACACAGGAGGAGCCAAUAUUGAUAGUGCGGACCCAUCUGAACGAGAAAUCAUGAUGAGACAGUUAUUUCAGAUGAAUUUAGCUAUCUUAAAAGCAACUGUAAACCGAGUUGAAGAUUUAGAAUCAUCACCAGGAAGUGCAAAAGAUUCUGAUAAGCGCCAAGAAGAUAUAAGUGAGCUCAAGAAGCAGCUAGAAGACUCAAAACAGCAGAUUAGUGCAGAGCGCCAAAAAGCAGCUCAGCAGCUGAAAGCUCUUAAAGACCAGCUUGACAAUGCAAACGCUCAAAUCGGAGAUCUCAAUCAAAAAAGCCAAAAGCCAUCAUUGGAUGAUACUUUGGAAAGGGACAGGACCGCUUUAAGAGAGGCUAUGGGUAAAAUAAAGCAACUUGAGGCAAGACUAAGAGAAGUCGAUGCACAGCAAAACGCUAAAAUUCCAGCAAGACGCCCGCAGUCGACUCAAAAUGAAAUCUAUAGAAACUUAAAAUCAUGAAACGAGUGCUGCUUGAAAAUUCAAAAAGUCUGAAGAGGAUACAAACAAAGACAAAAAUAUUAUGAGCUCAUACAAGAAUAUGUCAAUAAGAUUAGAUUAGCCCCAAGAAUGCAGGCAUCUGAUGACGCUAUCAUGAGACAAGUAGCUGAUGCAGCCAAAAAGAGAAAUUUAACUCUUGAGCAGUGUUUCAGGGCUGCAGACAGCAAUGAUGACGGGACUGUUUCUUGUGAUGAAUUUGUUAAAUUUAUUACGACUCUAAAGCUGGGGCUUAGUAAAGCUCAAGUUUCUAGACUUAUGCUAAUUUUAGAUGAAGACUGCUCCGGACAAAUAGAAAGUAAAGAGUUUUACAAUGCAUUGGCCGCUUAUCAUGUCUCUGCUGAAGAUCAUCGAUCAUCAGCGAAAACCUAUGAACAAGAAAUUUUAAUAAAAUUCGCCAGAAUUAUCGACCAAAGAGGUAUUUCUCCUGAAGAGGUUUUUAACCUCUGUGAUAUUGAUGGGACUGGGCUAAUCAGCACAAAAGAACUCGAAAAAUUUUUAUUAGGGAUGAACGUCGGCUUCCAGCAGAAAGAAGUUUUUGCAUUAAUGACCUUGCUUGAUACAGAUAGAAGUGGAGAACUGAAUAAAGAAGAAUUUUUAAAGUAUUUGAAUAAAGGAAUACAGGCAUUUAAAAUUGAAAGCAUGAUUGGAAAUUCAGCAGCACCAAUGAAGCCUUCAGAUACCAGAAAAAAUGCGACAAAUGUGCAAGCACCAAAAGAAAAUAAUGAAGCUAUAAGGCAGCUUGUUGCAAAAAUGGAAAGCAGAGGUACAAGCAUUUCUGAGCUUUUCCAAAUAAUUCAAACUGAUAAAUCAGGCAGGAUGACUAUUGCUGCGUUUUCAAGAGGGAUUUCUAAGCUUUACCCACAUAUGACAAAGGAUGAAGUCUUGACAUUGUUAAGCUCAAUUGAUUUAGAUCAAAAUGGAAUGCUUGACUCAAGAGAAGUCAGCAAUUUUUUAUUAAUUUCAAAAAGAAUUCAUCUAAAUUAUUGCUAAAUGAAUCAUAUUUUUUAUAUAAAAAUAGAAAAGUUUACCUCAAUUAUUUAAUUAAUUCUUACUACCUAUAAUAUCAUCCUAUUCAUCUACAGGAAACCUCACAAUCAAACAAAUUUUUGAAAAAAUGGCAAGCCAAAUUCAAGCCCAAAAAAUUUCUACAGUUGAUUUCUUUACACGCUCAAGAAUCAGAGACCGAUUAGACCAGCAAGAAUUCAUCCAAGACAUUGGAAGAGUUUUUAGCUUAACCCCAUCCCAAUGCCAAGAAGUUUUUAAUUACCUUAACUUCGAAGAAGUUGGAGAAAUCCUAACAAGAGACUUAAUUUCUGUCAUCCAAUCAUACAGGACUGACUCAGCAGAAAAUGUGUCUGCCCCAAAAUCUUCUCAAGCAGCCAAACUUGUCGCCAAUGAUGCUGCACAAGAACUAUUAGCAAUUUUAAAAGAAGUAGGACUUGAGCCAGUCAAUAUUUUUAAAUUCGCUGACAGAGGAAAUAGAGGGACUAUUCAAGUUGGGGAUUUUUUAACAGCCCUUGUAAAGCUGCUGCCCAAUAUUAGUGAAAGCUUAUUAAAGCGAGUUAUUGAAAUAUUCCCCAGCGCAACUAUAAGCAGAAAUGAUGUUAUUGCAGCUUUUAAAAAUGUUGAGCCCAAAGAAAAUAAAGAAGGGUUGGACCAAUUUGGAUUGACUGUAGAGCAAGUAUAUUGGCUGAAAAAAUUAAAUGAAGCUAUAGUUAAGAUGAGAGCAACCCCAGAAACUAUUUUUAUAGCUUCAGACCUAGACCAAGACGGUAAAGCAAACAGCCAAGAAAUCCGUGCAGCUAUGAAAAGAUUCUUCCCGAGUACAAUACUCUCUCAUACUGAGCUAAGUUUAAUUGAACAAUCACUAGAUAUCAAUAAAAAUGGGUUCAUUGAGGAACAGGAAUUCACAAAAAGGCUUCAAGAUAUAAAGAGCUCAAACCAUCCUGAGUCCGUCACUUCACACGACGACUACACACCACGAUUAAUUUUUUGGACUAUUUUUCUAUGACCUAUUUGGUCUAUUUUUUAAAAUUAUUUUCUGAAUUGUUUGAUCUUUUUUUAUUCUAUUUAGUUUGAGUAUGAUUCCAUAUUAGUUUUUCGACUUAAUGUUAAUCCAUUUAAUCUACUGUUUUCAACCGAAAUACUAUUAUAAAAUUUUGAGCAUUGAGCAAAUGCCUAAAAAAAUGGGGAAAAUAAAAUAAGCCAAAAAUGAGUAUUUUAGUAUAUGCGUAUUCUAAGGAAACCUGAGUCUGCACUAAAAGCUUAUGCAGAAUCAAGGGAAAAACAGGAAAAGCAGGAAAGGCAGGAAGAAGUUAAAAUGCCAGUUCCAAAGCCUGUACAGCCUGCGGCUAAAAGCCAAUCACAACCAAUUUCUGCCAAUCAAAAAGUCCAACCUCCUCCUGCUGUUGAACAAAAGCCAAAGGUCAAGGAAGCUUUUAAUGAGCCUAUUCCUGAAGCUAGAAAGCCAGCACUUAAAUCAGAUUAUGCAGCAGAAGAUUAUGAAAAUUAUGAAGAAAACUACGAAGAAGAGCCUCCACUAAUGAAAAGACGAGCUGAAAUCCCAAGAGAAAACCCAGAUGAAGAAAAAAUCCCUAUCAAAUCAGGAGUUAAAAGAGACCAACAAAGAGAUGUAACCCUCUCUUCAAUUGAACCUGCUCCAGUUAAUGCCAAGCAAGAGCCUGUCAGCCAGGUAAACCCUUCAUUUUUGGCAUUUUUAAAUUCAAUCCCCAAGUCAAUUACAAUCUCUUCUUGGAUCGAAAGCAAAGGUCUGAGUUUAGAUGCUUAUCUUGGCUAUGAAGAAUUCUCAAAAAUCACCAAUAUUAGUAGAAUGGAUCAAGAUUUCAUUUUUUCCUUUUUGGAUGCCAAUAAGCGAGGCUUUAUUUUUGUCCAUCAAAUUAUGACACUUCUUGAAGUGCUUCAGUUCAAUAAAGGUGAUAUUAAAAAUUUCCCAUUCAGCGCGAAUCAAAACGUUGAUAGUAGUGCAAAAAAUAUAUUAAUUUCAGAAGCAAAUCAAGUAGACGAAACUAAUAAAACAGCAAGCGAGUUUUAUUCAGAACUCGGAAUCGGAAUUGAUAGCAACCUCACAUCAACAUAUUUUAAUCAAAUAUUCGGGCAAGAUGCAGCUAUUUUAGAAUUAAAUAGACUUUUUGCAGCAUUAGAUGUGCAGAAAUCAAAGAAGGUAAGAUUUUAUUACUGUCUAGCCUGCAUUGAAAGCUAUUGCCAAUACAUUCUAGAAGCAGACUCAAAAAAAACUCCAAGCUGGGGUGACCAAAUAAGUAAUGUUGUAUUAAACUCCACCCCUCCGUGAGUGAACAAAAAAAUUUUGUUCACUAACUGAGGGGGGGUUAAUUUUUUUUUUUUAUAAAAGAUUUAUAUAUAAAAUUUUAUAGAAAAUAUUUUUUUCGAAAUUUAAAAAAAUCCUAAUUUGCAAAAUGGGAAGCAAAUGUUAAUUUAAUUUAUUAAAUUUAUAUUUUAAAACGCAAUUUGUUUAAAAUUAAACAAAAUUAGCUCGAGAUUUCAUUAUAAUAAUUAUCACUUAUAUAUCAAAUUUUUUUCAUAAAUUUUUUCUAUCAAAAAAUUUUUGUUCAUUCACGGAGGAAUAUACAUUAAAAUGGCGACGGCUCGGAAUGUGUAUCCGGCUAGGUUUUACCUUGGCACAGUGGAGCGCAACGUCGGAUUAGGCCGACCGCAGCUUAUUCUGACACCAGGGGUUUUACCUCAGGGAAGGAUGGAUUCCAGGGUUGGAAAGGGAAGCUCAGCGGCAUCGGGAAGGUACCUCCUGAUCAAUCGGGCAACUCCCUAGCGUGAAACUGGGCGUUACGUCCCAGGCUUUGGAUUUCCAUCUUGGCCGACAGUCCUACCAGAAAAUUUGUUUUUCAAAUUUUCGGAAUGGGCAACUCUGUUGACGUACUGCUAGGUGGCGUAACUCAUCCAACUACGGGUAGCGAGUGCACAUCCUCGUCCAGUAGGAGCAACAUCUUGAAGGUCGUGGUCGAUCGGUGGUGAGCAACCGGGUGGAGCGUGAAGGGUGAAGGUAGGGCAGGGGAGACCCGCGCCAAUACGACGAGCCGUUCAUAAUACUAAUUAAUGUUAAUGUUAAUGUUCAUUCACGAAGGGUGGGGUUUAGGCAAAAAAUAGUAAUGGUCUUGUUCACUCACGGAGGGGGGAGUAAGAAUCCCUGAAAACGCCAAAACCAUCGAUUUUUUCAACAUUAUCCAGAUUCAUGAAGCUAUUGAUGAAGCUAAAUUUGUGAGCAUUGUUAUGACAAAGCUAAACUUAGACGUCGGAAAAGCUCAAAAUCUCUUUUCUGAUAUUGACGUCAAAAAGUGCAGACAAAUUUUUGGAUUUCAGCUCUUAACGCAAGUGGAUUUGUAUAGAAGCUGCAUAGAAAACGGAAAAGUUGUGAACGAGAUGCCAAGUCUCCCUUAUUCUUAUGCAUCUGAUUUACCGAGGAAUAUAAAAUUGCCUUUGAUGGGUUUGGCUAAAAAAAUAGAUGAUGGUAAUGUUGGCACUUGUGAGAGGUUUUGGGCUUCAGAAGUUAAUAUAAGCUCAGUUAUGACUAAAAAAGAGUUUGCUUAUAGCGUUAAGGAUUUAACAGAGCAGCAAGCUUUUGAUAUUUUUGGGAAAUGCGACAUAAAGCAAUCAGGGAAAAUCUGGUUUUACCACUUUUUAGCUGUUUUAGAAACAUACAGAGCAUCAUUCAAGAUAAAUAAUCCAGUUUCUUCAUCAAGCGGAUUGGCGCCUACUGCACGAAACUCAGAGCCUGUUGCCAAAGUCCCAGAGCCAGCUCCCAAAGUCUCACAGAAUCCUCAAAAUCUACUCCAAGAUGCCUUAAUAAAAGUGGGGAAGUAUCUAAAUGGUCAAAAUGAGUACCAAAGAAUUCUUACAGCAAACGAUGUAUUCGGAAUAAUGGACUACAAUGAAAAAGGAACAGUUGGAAAAAAUGAAUUUAAGCGGUGUUUAAGCAAGCUAAAUAUCGACAUAACAGACCAACAACAAGAUCUGCUGAUGGUAGAAGCUGAUACAAAUAAAAAUGGAGAAAUCGAUUAUAAUGAAUUUUGUGGCUUUUUAAGUGCAUUUCUGAAAUCCUCUGAGAAAAAAAGCCCAGAGCCAACAGUCAUAAAGCAAAAGAAGAGAGGGGAAAUUAAAGGAGUCGAGAGAAAACCGAACGAUUUUGCUGAAGGCUCUUUCGGCCAGGCAAUUUAUAAGCUUAAGAUUUAUAUGAGAGACAACCAAAAUGGGAUAAAGUCUAUAGAAAGUACUUUUCAGCGCCUUGACGAAGAAAAGACCAAUAUUUUAUGUGAAACUGAGUUUAAUCUUGGUCUUGAAAGAAUGAGGAUUGGGUUAACUUCAAGGCAAAAAGAGCAAAUAACAAAGCUAGCUGACACCAAGAAGGAUGGACAAAUAAACUACAAAGACUUCAUAGAUUUACUUUAUGACUAUGAAUUUUCCAGCCCUAAUAAAGUAGGUGCGGAAGAAAGCAAGGAUAUAAAGCUGCCCAUCGAAAUGAUGCAAGAAGAUGACGUGAAUAACCCAGUUUCAGAAAUCCAUAGCUACCAAAUACAGCCAGAUGUUGAUUAUUUCACAAAGUCAAAUCCUCGAUGUACAACGAUUUUAAAUAGUGAAAUUGCAACCUUAAAGCGAUGUGUGGAACUAUUAGAAAAGCUCAAGAAAGGAAAAUUCAAAGACCCAGAUUUUGGUCCAGAACAAGAAAAAGGGGGCGCAUUUUGUUUGUAUUGGAAUGGUGUGCCUCCUGGUAGCAAUUAUCCACCUUCUGAAGAAUUAGAGUGGGUUGCGCCAUCAGAUCAUUAUGAUUGCAGUUUUAUAAAAGAAGGGAUCAGCACUAAUGACGUUAUUCAAGGGUCUCUUGGUGACUGUUGGUUCAUUGGAGCUCUAUGCGUGCUUGCAACUAGAGACAACUUAGUUAGAGGAAGCAUAGAAAGUCUAUCUAACCCAAAUGAAAUAACUGCAGAAAAUGCACUUGGGGUUUCCAAAGGUGUCUAUCCACCUAUUUUCCAUUGUUUUGCUAAAAAAGGGCUAUAUGUGUUAAGAUUUUUCAUAAAUGAUGCCUGGAGGUGGGUUAUUAUUGAUGAAAGAGUCCCAAUGUACACUGGAGGUGACAGGCCGCAGUAUGUCUUUGGGCACUCUAGAGAUCCUGGAGAGCUUUGGGUGUGUCUUAUAGAAAAGGCUUAUGCGAAAAUAUUUGGAUGCUAUGAAUCGUUAAAUGGAGGUCUUAUUGAUGAUGGCCUUUGCGAUUUGACUGGACUUGCUUCUGAAAACCUCAAAAUUAAAGGGAAAAAUGGAUUUUUAAGUGGCCCUGCUGACCAAGAAAAGCAAAAAGCAGACCAACUGUGGCAAAGACUCAAGAGUUAUAGAGAUCAAGGAACUCUUAUGGGGUGCUCUAUUGAUGGGCAAGGUGUUGAAAGUGAUGUCAUUAUAGACGGUGAACAAACUGGCCUCCUCGCUAGACAUGCAUACGGGAUAAUUGACGUCAUUUAUGUUAAUAACCCACGAGCGACCAAUACUAAAAAACGCCACAGACUUCUCAGAGUAAGAAAUCCAUGGGGACAGAGAGAAUGGCAAGGCAAAUGGCAUGAUAAAAGUCCAGAGCUCUUACAAAAUCUUGAAAUUAUCCAAAGAGAGCUUGAAAAAAUAGAAGGCGAGCCUUAUGACCCAGAAAAUAGCGACGAUGGGACUUUCUUAAUGAACUUCAAAAGCUGGAGGACAAUUUAUGAUAACCUGUAUGCCUGCGUAGACUUCCCUGAUGAGUGGUGGGGUGUGCGAUUUCGAGGAGCCUGGACAAGAGAAAACUCAGGCGGAGUCCCAACAACCCCGAAUAAAGCGCAUGCAGAAAGAUGGGCUAAAAACCCACAAUUCUUUAUGGAGCUAAAGCAGAAAUCAGAAAUCUUUAUUUAUUUGUCUCAAGAGGACGGGAGACAUGCGAAAGGCUCAGUGUUUCCUUUUGAAGGAGUCAUUAACACUGCGUGUUUUUCUAUUAUGAAGGUAGGUCCUGAUGAAGAUUUAAACUUAAAUUAACAGAUGGUGCUUAGCCUAGUUGUUAAAUAGGAUCUCCAUUGCGAGAAUCACAACUUUUGACCCUGCCUUCCACCAGGGAUGGCAGCAUCUCCUCCUUGCUUUCCACUUCUGUUGAGUGGGCAGUCUUCGGACUCCUGAGGCCUUGCUUGAGGAUAUGGGCGUACAAGGUUGUCUAUACCUAUAAUCCAAACAAUUUAUUUCCAUAUUGACUAUCGGCAAAAAGGAAAUCUCGUUCAUUCUGGAGAAAUUUGCUAAAUUAGUCUAGGAAUUGUUUUUAGACCCUGAAGGGCAUCAAUUCCUACCAUACUGCUUUCUCUUGAAGUAAAUCCAUCCUAAAAGUGAACUAGGGCUAGGCUCCAGAAAAUGCUGAAAUUGCUUACCUGCAUAGCUGUCCUACAAAUAUGCGCCCGAAGGAAGUCGGUGUAGCUGGCCCCAAAGCGCUGAGACUCCAUAUAUAAAUUUUCAUGGUGAAGACAGAGUAACUUUCUUUGACCAAUCCAAAAUUAUAAAAUUGUCUGUACUUAAGCUGCAUAGAGAAAUUGAGCUGAGGAUUGAGCUGAAUCCAGGGAAAUAUGCAAUUGUUCCUGCAACUUUGGAUCCUGGAAAAACUGGGCCGUUUGGCCUUUCUAUUUAUUUGUCGUGCCAGAAGAAUAUGGCUAAAUUGUAUGCUGGAGAUGACAAGAGUAACCAAGGAGAGCUUAUAGAAGAGGAAGAAGAAGUAUCAAAAGAGAGUAUCAACCCUUCAAUUAUUUCUGAUUUGAGAGAACUCGUUAGAUAUCUUAUGACGGUAUAA